AUGCCACAGACACGACAGCAAGCCGAAGCGGAGCAGCCACUACCACAGCAAGAACCGCCCAUGGACACUCUGCAGCUCAUCAAGUUCCUCGAAGACAGGCGGCGCGAAGACGAGGACAGGCGGCGCCAAGACGAGGACAGGCGGCGCCAAGACGAGGACAGGCGGCGCCAAGACGAGGACAGGCGACGGGCAGAGGAGGCGGAACGACGUCGAGUUGAAGAUGCACAGCGAAGGGAAGAAUUUCGUGAGCUUCUGACCGCCCUCACGGGCCAGCAGCUGUCGUCGACACAGCCUUCGGAGCGAGACACUCCGCCCCGCCCCGCCCAGCCAACCAAGGCCGUUAUACAUCCUCCGCCACCCUUACUCUCAGACGUUAACUUUCAGGCGUUUCGGGAGUGGCGCAGGAAAUGGACGGAUUACGCAACCAUGAUCGACCUGUCAACUCUCUCCCCACCGAAGCAGCAUAUCCAGCUACGGAUGUGUCUCUCCUCGGAUGUGCUGCAUACACUGGAAUACCGCCUCCAAGUCCCUUGCGACAACACCAAGCCCGUCACUGAGGUGUUGGACGCCCUAGAAGCCCACAUCAAGAGCAAGACGAACGAGGCCAUACGUCGCAGGGACCUGUUCAGCUGCAAGCAGGCGGCGGGAGAGACAUUUGACGACUUCUAUGUCCGCGUCAAGAGCCUUGCUGAAGCCGUGGACAUAUGCAAGUCAGGCGACAACGGAUGCGAGGAGACUCAGUUAAAACAAGUACUGCUAAUGGGUGUGCGCGAUACGGAGUUAGUUCAAGAACUCAUCGGCACCAUCCCUACGCACUCCCUUGACGACGUGGUGAAGCAGUGCUACGCAUUUGAGGCAGCCAGAAAUACGGCGUCUGCUAUAGCUUCACCCUCACCUGCUGUACGCGCAACGUCUCAGUACAAGCGAGACAAGAAGCUGAAGCAGAGGAAGGCAAGGUCACCUACGCCUACCAAGGAAGCCUGCCACAGUUGCAACAAGUCUCAUGUCAAAGGAAAAUGCCCAGCUGCGGACUCAAUGUGCCACAAUUGCGGUAAGAAAGGGCAUUGGGCACGCACAUCGCGGUGCCCAGCCAAGAACGCUUCCUGUGGCAAAUGCGGAAUCACGGGGCAUUACGACCAGCAUUGCCGGAAAUCCAAAGCAUCAGGGAGUGAGAAGACGAAGGAGAGGCGAGAGCAAGGAUCUACGAAGUCGAACAACCGCAGCAGUGUGAGGCGCGUUCACUCCACAUCUCGUGCCCCGCCCAUGCCCCCUCCUACCAUCUCUGUCACUGUCACCCACCACAAAGGAUCGGGCGUUCUGUCCAUGCUGCCGGACACGGGCGCCGAUGUGACAGUAAUCGGACCCGAGCAUCUUCGAAGCCUCGGAUUGUCCAUCAGUGACCUUCAGCCAUCACCCACCGACCCAAAGUACACAGCCGACGGGUCGCCCAUGGCGCCUGCCCUUGGCUCGUUGCAAGUGGAGAUCAGUGUGAAGCAGAAGACGACGACCGUGUGGAUGGACGUACACGAGGGCACACCGAACCCACUUCUGUCAUGCCACGCCUGCCGGGAGCUAGCACUGAUUCCUGAACGCUUCCCGCAGCCAAUCGCCAAGGUCACGCAUGCGAACGUGUGCACGUCCAACGGAGCACAGAGCACACUACCACUUCCCUUCACUAACGUCACAUCGACUGCAGAAGCCAGGGCGUAUUUUGUGAAGGAAUACAGUGACGUGCUGGUGUCCAAGGCAGACCUUCACGGCUCACAACUUCGACCGAUGACGGGGCCGCCGAUGAGAAUUCAUCUCCGGGAGGACGCGACGCCGUUUGCCAUCCACACGCCUCGGCAGAUCCCGCUGGCCUUCCGUGAAACGGUGAAGACUGAACUGGAGUCAAUGGUAGCACGGGGAAUCAUCACCCCUACAGGAGACGAACCUUCACCCUGGUGCUAUCCACUCGUUGCAGUAGCUAAGCCCAGCGGAGGUGUGCGCAUAACCACGGACUUGUCGAAACUCACAGUCAAGUUUCACGUCCCGCACACCCGUCGCCCACACCCUUUGCAGCCGUUCGGAGCAUCGACCCUAAGGCCAGGCGACGCCUUUUGCCUCCGUGGAGACAUGGCACUGCAAGGAGUCCCAAACUGCGUCAAGGUAGUGGACGACGUGCUGGUAUACGGUGAGGAUUAUCUACAACAUCUUCACCAUGUCAACACCGUCCUCGCCAGGUGCCGAGCAAGUGGCAUUACGCUCAAUGCUGAGAAGUUCAUCUUAGCAGCGCCUGCGGUGAAGUUCUGUGGCUUCGUACUGUCCGCCAACGGAAUCGACGCAGACCCUGAGAAAGUACGGGCCAUCACAGAUUUCCCUACACCAGCCAACAUUACUGACCUGAGGUCAUUUAUGGGUCUUGUCAACCAGCUGACUGAGUUUACUCCAGAGAUCUCCGCAGCGGCCCAACCUCUACGACCUCUCAUGAGCCCGCGACGUGCAUUCGUGCGGACUGUCGACCACGAGCAAGCCUUCCAGAGGGUCAAGGCAGCCUUAUCGACCCCACCACAGUUGGCAAUGUUCGACCCCCAGCUACCCACCACUCUGCAGACCGACGCCUCACGGCUGAAUGGCAUCGGGUACGCUCUGCUGCAGGAUCACGGAGGAGGCAAGUUCCGGCUCAUUCAGUGCGGCUCUCGCUUCCUUACUGACGCGGAGACCCGCUACGCCACGAUCGAGCUCGAGAUGUUAGCAGCAGUCUGGGCAAUGCAGAAGUGCAGCUUCUACCUGAAAGGGCUGCACCACUUCGAACAUGUGACUGACCACCGCCCGCUCAUACCAAUUCUGAACAACUACACCCUUGACGCUGUUGAAAAUCCUCGACUCCAGCGUCUCAAGGAGAAGCUGUCGCCGUACAUCUUCACAGCACGGUGGCGUGCGGGAAAGACUCUAUGUAUCGCCGAUGCACUCUCCCGUCAUCCAGUCAGCCACCCCAGCAGCGACGACGACAUGCUCUCCGACAUCUCUGUCAAGGCCGCGGUUACGCUCCGAGCUAUCCAGACACUCGCCGAGCCCAACACACAGGCCACGACAGACGACAGGAGGAUGGAAGAACUGCAGCAGGCCGCACGUGACGACGAGCACGAUGUUGCCGAGCCAGCAGAAGAGCCCUACCUCAACGAUGACCGCCCCACACGCCCAUUCGAGUCCGUGUCGGCAGACCACUUCACCGUGGCUGGAAAGGCGUUCCUCGUCAUCGCAGACCGUCUGUCGGGUUGGCCUGCUGUCGCCCCCUGUGGCAGGGAUACUACAGCCGCCGCCACCAUCCGCCAGUUCCGGUGCUAUUUCCGGGAUGUGGGAGUCCCCGUGCGUUUACGUACCGACGGAGGACCCCAGUUCACCAGUCGGGAAUUCACCGAGUUCCUGGCGCGUUGGGGAGUGAAGCACGUGGUAACGUCACCCUAUCACCCGCAGUCGAACGGACACGCUGAGGCAGCCGUGAAGUCAAUCAAGCACCUCAUCACGAAAGUCGCUCCCUCAGGCAACAUCGACUGCGAGCCGUUCGACAGGGGUUUGCUCGAAAUACGCAACACCCCGAAUCACACUGGACGCUCCCCAGCCCAGAUUUUGUACGGCCGUCCCCUCCGCACGUGCGUGCCAGCCCACCCCGAGUCAUUCAAGCAGGAGUGGCAGGCCAAGUCGGAGGAGUGCGACCGCCGUGCAGCACAGCGAGCAGAGGACAUCACGUCUCGCUACAACCAGCACGCCCGCCCCCUGCCUGCCCUGCAGAUCUCGCAGCAGGUCCGCAUUCAGGACCACACGUCCAAACGUUGGGACAAGGUGGGCAAGGUGAUGGGCCGUGGCAAGUCACGGAAGUACCAGAUCCUGCUACCAGGCGGCCGUAUUCUGUGGCGGAACCGGCGCCACCUCCGCCCAGCUGUCAUCGCCGCCGAGGACCUCACACCUGCCGUCGAAGACCACCCAGAAGCACCUACUCCUCGCCGCUCCCGCCGCCUGAACAAGGAUGAGGCUAUACCAGCAGACGAGGGAGACGUAGCUCAAGACAGAACUAUGAGCUAA